AUGUGUGAGUUACAAAUAUCAGUUCGAGCACAGAUCAGUAUUUUAAAAGAGGAGGGAUACACCGAGAGAAGCAUUGCUGAAUGUUUGUCUGUUUCUAAAACUGCAGUUCAUAACACAAUAACUCGAUUGCAGCAGACUGGCAGCUUAACUUCCCGAAAAAGAUCUGGUAGACAAAAAUGUACCUCUAUGCAGACUGACCGCUUGAUUCAUCGCACUUGUACUAAUUCUCCAAUGUCAUCAUCCACAGUAAUACAACACAACUUGCCAUCCUUUGUUACUGUUUCCUCCAGAACUAUCAGACGAAGACUAUCCUCUGAUUGCAACCUGCAUGCCCGGCGACCUUCCAUUAAACCUAGGCUUUCUGCCAAGAACAUCAAGGAUCGGAUUGCCUUUUGUCAAAAGCACAAAGACUGGACUGCGUUGGAUUAG